AUGUUUCUCUUAACUCGACAAACUCGUAUAUCUUUGGUGCAUCAAAUGAUUUUACCUUUAACUACAACAAGUAUCACUAAAAGUAAUUCAAUGCUUCUCAAUUCUAUUGGAUUAAUUCGCGGAAUGAAAGUUAGAUCAUCUGUGAAAAAAUUAUGUGAUGGUUGUUAUACUGUUAGAAGACGUGGAACUGUUUUCGUACUUUGUAAAAAGAAUAAAAAACAUAAACAAAGGCAAG